AAGAGGUGUUAGCUCAGCUACACAAUACUACACGGAGAAGAAAACACGCUUUUUUGGAGACAUUUUGUUCAAUUAUGAGGUUUUGAACACUCCUCUGUUUGGGAUAAAAUCACUUAAAAUGCAGCACAGAAGCUGUAUGAUUGAAUAGAUUUAAAUGCCGACAUAAUCUGGCACUAUUUUACAGACAUGCCGUAGUGCUGAAACACCAAGUGGAAGUAUAUUCUGUAAACAGUCGAGGCUUCAUCAUACAGGAGCAGCGAAAGCCGAACUACAUUUGUGGUUUUCAUCAGAGAACAGUUUCUCCUCAUAGACGGAAGCUCAAAUUGAGCUGUCUUCAUACAGACCAUCAUGGUAGAUAAUCGCUAUGCCACAGCCCUGGUCAUCGGCUCUGUGCUGAGCCUGCUGGCCACCGUGUACCUCUCUGUGGCUGUGGGAACGCAGCACUGGUACCAGUACAACAGUCCGUCAGUCAAACGUGAUGGGGGCAACGUUACCGAGCUCAAAGAAGAUUUCAUCAAUGGGGACUUUGAUGAGAAGAUGUAUAGCAAGACCAUGUUCCGCCUGAACGGCACCCUGGGUCUGUGGUGGAGGUGCAUCUUGGUGCCGGUGCCCAGCCAGUCACACUGGUACCAAGAGCCAGAUCCCAAGACUUUCAAUCCCAAGAUGGAGACCAAGUGUGUGAGCUUCACUCUUCCUCAGCAGUUCAUCCCAAAGUACAAAAACCACGAAAACAUUGACAAUGCUGAAGAGGAUCUGCUGAGAACAUACUUGUGGAGGUGCCAGUUUCUCCUGCCUUUGGUCUCAUUGGCCUUGGUGUUCCUCAGCGGCCUGAUUGGGGUCUGCGCCUGCCUGUGCCGCAGCUUCACCCCCACCUUGGGUGUAGGAGUGCUCCAUCUUCUUGCAGGUCUGUGCACUCUGGGGUGUGUCUGCUGUUUCCUGGCCGGGGUGGACCUGCUCCACCAGAUUUCGUCACCGCCCGAAGGAGUGGAGGGCUCACUGGGCUGGUCCCUCUACCUCGCCCUCAUCUCCUUCCCUUUGCAAAUGAUGGCAGCUGCUUUAUUCCUCUGGGCGGCCAGGAGUCACCGUAAAAACUACACCCGCAUGACUGCUUACAGGGUAGCCUAAACAAGAGAGACUACUCUGAAAGCGUACCUUAAAGCCGUCUACUGCUAUGAAGACUUCAAAUGGUUUCAGAUUGGAUGACUGUAAGGGUUGUAACUUGUCACUCCCUCUACAGUAAUCUUCAGAUAUAGAAACAUUUUCCUAUUAUCACAGGUCACCUACACGCCUAAAUGCAGGGAUACACUAAACCAGUUUGUAGCUAAUUAUCAUAAGUGCUAAAUGAAUAGAAGUUUAUUAUCUUCUAGUUGUGAUAUUUCAUCUUAAUUUUCUAGCAUCCGUAUCCUGUAUUUUACCCAAAGCAUGUUUCUUACUGUGAUCAUUUGUUACUUCUGGUGUGAACGGUGUUGUUAUGCAUUAUUUGAUUGCCUUCUUUUUUGGUUGCCAUUGAUUUUAAAGCCUCUCAUCACCUUACCCUUAACUGAGUUAUAGUUCAUGAACUUGCACUGUAGCACAUUUUAGACCUGCGGUUACCCAAGUAAGGGUAGCGUUACUCUAAUGCUGCAUGAAAUAUAUCAAAUAAGCCUGUUUUUCCUUAUUUUCAGUUCUAUUUUUACAUAAUCUGAAAUAUGGAGCAUUUGCUGUGCAUGCCUUUUUUUUAAGCUGACUUUUCAGUCAUCUGUAGUACUUGUUGAUUGAGUCUGUGGUAUGUAUUGACUAAAUGUCACAAAAUGUCUCACUAAAAAUGUAACCACUCAUACUCCAUUGCUAUCCAUGUUUAUACAUGUAAUAUUUAUUAAAGCAGUUAAUUUGAAUGCUAAAAACUGAAUUGAUUUGAUUGCCACUUCAGAAAACCUGUGACCUUUUUCUAAUAUUUAAAUUCUGAUGUUUCAGUCCCAAAUUACUACUGUACUACUGUGAUUUGUUGAGAUGAAAAACUACUUAAAAUAGUUUUUCUUUGGCUGCAGUCUCCCUUUCUUUAAAGUGCAGUUUCAUCAAUUACUCAACUGACUGUUUUGACAACCAAAUAUAAUUACAUCAAUUUAAGUCUUUUAAAUGUUUGUUGUUGGUACUGCUGACGAAUAAUGGUGGAUUUUUUUCAAGUGCAAAUUAAUAUGAUUUCACAUUUGUGUGGAAAAUUAAUGAAUUUCCCAUUUGUGUGUGUGUGUGUCAAAUUCUAAUUCACUCAGAUUGUGAUGUUUUUUGUGUCACAACGUUUUGUUACAUGUCUAAUGUCUAUACACUCUGGCUUUUGUAUGUUUCUAUGUAUUCAGAAGCACAAUGUACUUGUUUCUGUAUGAAUAAAUUUGACUUUUUGCUCACUUUGGAAGAUUGUGGCAUUAUCCUUGCAAGAGAAUUGGUGAAACU